GGCCGGCGUUGGCAUUCCCCCUGCAGGUUUGACAUCGCAAUCGAGCUGCAGCCCCGUACGAAGGCACAAACUUCACUCCUGCUCUCAAGAUGGGAAAAAUCAACGGCUGCCUCAAAUGUCUCUUCAUCUUCUUCAACGUGAUCUUCGCUAUCAUUGGAUGUCUGCUGAUCUUUGCGGUGGUGAAGGCCAGCAUUUACAGUCAGCAGAUGUCAGCGUUGGGAGCGCCCGGCAUGGCGUGGGUUUGGGUGUUUGCCAUCGGCGUGAUCGCUAUUUCCUGCCUGGGAAUCUACGCAGGAAGCAGUGAGAAGGGCUUGGCACUGAAGAUGUUUGCAGGCUUCAUGGGCGUGGGAAUGAUCAUCAUGCUGAUCUUUGGCAUCAUCGUGGCGGUGCUGAGGAACAAGGUCAGAGACAACUUCCGCAGCGCGUCUUCGGACGCCGUCAAGCAACACAUGGAUCAAAAAGAAUUCCGAGAAAUGCUCGAGGAAAUCCAGCAAAGUGGUCGAUGUUGCGGUUUGGUCAGCGCCAAGGACUGGGGCGACGACAUUCCCGCUUCCUGCGAGUGCAAAUCCAGCGGCUUCGGCAGUUACGGGAUAUUCGGAAAUUCUGGCUGCACGGCCCGACCUCAGGGAUCCAGAGGCCCGGAUCAGAUCUAUGCCGAGACGUGCAGCGACUUCAUCAUCACGUGGACCGACUUCCUCUUCAACAUUGUCAUGGGCUUCUUCUUCGGCUUCGCCGUCACUGCGCUUCUGGGCCUGCUGGUGUCCCUCCUCAUGGUCCACCAGGUCAAACGCCACGAUCAGGGCGGGCCGACCUCCAUGGCUAUGAAGGGCUACUGAAGGCCGCACGCGGUUAUUUACCAGGCGUCUUUAGUACGGAAAAGACCGGCUCUACUUUCUAUCAAACAUAUUUCAUCCUUACUGUCAGUUUGUAUUUGACAAGACCAAAUAUUACUUCGUCAUCUUCUUUUUUCAUUGAAAUUACAAGCGGCUUUGGAGGAUGUAGUCUAAGGUCUAACAGGUCUAAGAACUUUGUCAAUGAAACCAAAGUGCACAAAAGUCUCUUUUAUACCAACAUUAAAUUGCUGUUUUUUUUUUAACCAACAUUUAAAUGUGUUUCAUACCAACAUUAAAUUGUGUUUUUUAACCAAUAUUAAAUUGUAUUUUUUUUCAAUGUUAAAUUGUAUUUUUUACCAACAAUAAAUUGUAUUUUGUACUGACA